UGGCACCAACAACCGGCCUAUUGAAGGCGCUGAUGCUCAACUGAUUACGUUCCAAACUCUCACUAGUGGCUCCAAGAAGCUGUUAUGCAUGCAGCGGCCACACCCCGGUAAACCGCGUCGGUUCGCGGGCUAAACUAGUGAGGGGAGCCUGUCCUCGGCAGGUUAAGCUGUGGAACCCUCCCACUUCUAAUGCAUGAAGUUUAUUCCGGUGGGGAAGGCAACUCAACGCAGAUAUGUAUUAGAGCUUGGCGGACCCGGCGGGAUAACAAGGCAAUGUGGAUGGCCUAGGGCGAUGAUAGAGGGCAUAUAGGUAUCAUCGGCCAGACACAUCAUCUGAUCUCAUCUCCGGUCGUAUCGGUUCUCCGUUCCACUGGGUCAAGAUGGGUGAGGACGAGUGAGUGCACCUGCGUUUGCGCGUACGUUUGUGCACCGGAAUAUCUCCUGCGCACCUGACUGCUUCCGAAUUUGGACUCCGAGUAGUACUUAAAGACCUGUGGCGAUGGGCUGAAGUAGAGAGGUCUGGUCCGAUGCAGACUGGGCUUUGUCUGAGGCCUGCACACAGGCGGCUCCAGGGGUGUUGUAAAACAUCGUGGUCGUUUUCAUUCUGCACUGGGGGGGACAGAGUAGAUCCGGCAGCACCUGGAGCGACAAAGCAGCCCUGUUUAGGGAGGCACUGCUUUCCCUGCUCAGCCAGGGAGGGGGCUAGAAAAGGUGCCCUAAAAAAAUGCUCACCCCAAAUCGUUAGGAUGGUAGUAACCGUGGCUGCCUCCGCAUCUUUCAAUUCGCGGUCGACGUAACACGAAAACAAAGAAAGAAAUAACAUCACAUAUGAUUUUCGGAGCGUGGAACGUGCGUACGCUUCUGGAUCGUGAAUCUAAUGCCUGUCCUGAAAGGAAGACUGCAAUUGUUGCUCGGGAACUUCGUCGCUACAAUGUAGAUGUGGCUGCUCUCAGUGAAACACAUCUUGCAGAUGAAGGACAACUGGUGGAGCACGGAGGUGGGUACACCUUUUUCUGGAAGGGGCUAUCCUCUUCUGAACCUCGACGGUCAGGAGUAGGGUUCGCGAUCAAGAACCAGCUAGCUAAGCAAUUACGGGAGUGUCCAAUACACAUCUCGGACCGCGUUACGACGUUGCGCCUCCACCUGAAUGACCAAAAUUUCUUUAACGUCAUCAGUGUCUAUGCUCCUACGCUAGAUAAAUCUGAUGACGUCAAGGACCAAUUUUAUGAGGAACUUACACGUUGCCUCGAUUGCGUACCUCCCAUGGAGCAGAUAGUUCUACUGGGCGAUUUCAAUGCCAGAGUUGGUCGCGAUUUUGAAGCUUGGCCUGAAGUUUUGGGUAAACACGGCGUAGGUAACAUGAACAGCAACGGACAGCUGUUGCUUAGCCUUUGUGCGCAAUACCAUCUGGCGAUUAAGAACACUAUGUUCCGACUUCCAGCUAAGCACAAGAACACGUGGAUGCACCCUAGGUCCAAGCACUGGCAUCUAAUAGAUUACGCAAUCGUGCGGCAAAGAGACAUUUCCCAGGUCCAAGUCACCCGCGUAAUGCGGGGCGCUCACUGCUGGACCGACCACAGACUUGUAAUUGCGAAGCUGCGCCUUCGUCUCCGUCAUCCUCGUAGGAGUGAAAGAUCAAAGCCGGUAUGUAUUAACGUGGAUAGGCUCAAUGACCGCGAGGCCAGGAAGACAUAUGCUGAAGCCUUGAGUUCAAAAAUCAUGUCAGUAGACAUGAGCACGGGAGAUGUUGAUACUAUCCGGAGGACUGUGUCAUCUCACAUAUUAGACUCUGCUAAGUCCGUAUUGGGCAAAAGAGUCCGUAAGCAUGAGGACUGGUUUGAUGAAAGUGACACGGUCCUUACGGAAGCUAUUAGCAAACACCGUCGCCUUCUUCAGCAGCACAGUAGUGCUAACCAAGGUGGAAACGUUAUGGAGUUACGGCAGAGUAACAUAAGUCUGCGUAAACUUUCCAGGGAAAUAAAGGACAAAUGGUGGCAGGAUAAGGCUCGCCACAUGCAGUUGCUCGUGGAUACUAACCAGUUAGGGGAGUUUUACAGACCAAAAAGUGUGUCCACAUGA